AUGGAUUUCGAUCUCAACAUGCCCCCAUAUACCUUCAAGAAGACAUUAUCUGCAAGUGACGUCGGUAGUCAAAGCCGACUUAUGCUGCAAAGAAGCGAUGCCGAGAACCACAUCGUGAGUCAUCUCUCUAAAGAUAACAAACAAGCUAUCGAAGCAGGACAUGGAGUCACAAUUAAAGUGUACGACCUCAGCACAGACACUGAACACGACUUUGUUCUGAAAAGAAUGGUGUACACAACAAGAAGCUAUGUUUUAAACGGUGGGUGGGGUAAAAAGUUUGUCGAGAGUAAAGGUUUGAAGGAAGGACAAACGAUUGGAUUCUUCUGGGAUAGCAAGGAUUCCAAACUCAAUAUGUAUCUGCUUCCAACCCCUCCUGCAGCUCAAAACAAUCCUAACUAG